AUGCUGCUCCCUGCCCUCCUCUUUGGGACGGCAUGGGCACUAGCUAACGGGCGGUGGUGUGAGCGGACAGAGACCGUCCUGGUGGAGGAGGAAGUAACCCCCCGGCAGCAGGACCUGGUGCCCUGCGCCAGCCUCCACCAUUACCAGCGCCAGGGCUGGCGGCUGGACUUGACCUGGAGUGGCCGUGCGGGGCUCUGUCCCAUCUACAAGCCCCCGGAAACCCGGCCUGCUGCGUGGAACCGGACGGUGAGGGCUUGCUGCCCAGGCUGGGGAGGCUCCCGCUGUACCCUGGCCCUCGCAGAAGGCAGCCCUGAGGGCCACUGCUUUGCCACACAGCUAUGCCAGCCGAGGGCAGGCUCAGCUAACGCUUCUGCACGAAGCCUGGAGGAGUGCUGUGCCCGGCCUUGGGGACACAGCUGGAGGGAUGGCCACUCCCAGGCCUGCCACAGCUGCUCCAGCCACAAAUUCCCAGGCAGCACGGCCUCUCCAGCUCUCUUGCAGCCCCUGGCGGGGGCUGUGGCCCAGCUCUGGAGCCAGCGCCAGCGUCCCUUGGCCACUUGCGCCACCUGGUCAGGCUUCCACUAUCGCACCUUUGACGGACGCCACUACCACUUCCUGGGUCGCUGCACCUACCUGCUGGCAGGCGCUGCCGAUUCUACCUGGGCUGUCCACCUCCAGCCCAGGGGCUAUUGCCCCCAGCCUGAGCGCUGUCAGCUGGCCCGGGUGACGAUGGGCCCAGAGGAGGUGCUGAUCCGGGGUGGACAUGUCUCUGCGAAUGGGCAGCUGGUACCCGAUGGGGAGGCUCGGCUGCUCCCUGGGCUGAGCCUGCAGUGGCAAGGGGACUGGCUGGUGCUGUCGGGAGGCCUGGGGGUUGUUGUGCGGCUGGACAGGUCCAGUUCGGUCUCCAUUUCCGUGGAUCGUGAGCUCCAGGGACAGACUCAAGGCCUCUGUGGGGUCUACAACGGCCGGCCUGAGGAUGACUUCCUGGAGCCGGGCAGGGGCCUGGCUGGGUUAGCUGCCACCUUUGGGAAUUCCUGGAGGCUCCCAGACUCAGAGCCUGGGUGUCUGGAUGCAGUGGAGGCAGCCCAGGGCUGUGAGGAGCCCCUGAGGGGCACGGACCCAGGCACGGAGGCUGGCCAGCUUCAGGCUGAAGCCCAGGAUGUGUGCCACCAGCUGCUGGACGGUCCAUUCAGGGAAUGCCAUGCCCAGGUCCACCCUGCUGAGUACCACGAGGCCUGCCUCUUUGCCUACUGUGCUGGGGCCCCAGCGGGCAGUGGGCAGGAGGAGCGGCUGGAGGCUGUAUGCGCCACCUUGGCCAGCUAUGCCCAGGACUGCGGGGCAAGGCACAUCUAUGUGCGCUGGAGGAAGCCCGGCUUCUGCGAGCGCCUGUGCCCCGGGGGCCAGCUGUACUCGGACUGCACCUCGGCCUGCCCGCCCAGCUGCUCAGCAGUGGGCGAGGGAGGCGAGGGGUCCUGCGGGGAAGAGUGCGUGAGCGGCUGCGAGUGCCCGCCCGGCCUCUUCUGGGACGGCGCCCUCUGUGUGCCUGCCGCCCGCUGCCCCUGCUACCACCGACGCCGGCGCUACGACCCCGGGGACACCGUGCGCCAGCUGUGCAACCCGUGCGUGUGCCAGGACGGCCGCUGGCUCUGCGCGCAGGCGCCGUGCCCCGCGGAGUGCGCGGUGGGCGGGGACGGGCAUUACCUCACCUUCGAUGGGCGGAGCUUCUCCUUCCGCGGCGGCGCAGGUUGCCGCUUCAGCCUGGUGCAGGACUUUGCAAAGAGGCAGCCGCUAAUCGUACUGGAGCACGGGGACUGCGAUGCUGGGAGCUGCCUCCACGCCAUCUCUGUCUCCCUGGGGGACACCCACGUCCAGCUCAGGGACUCAGGAGCAGUACUGGUGGACGGGCAGGACGUGGUCUUGCCCUGGAGCGGCUCUGGGGGCCUCAGCCUCUCCCGUGCCUCUUCCACUUUCCUGCUGCUGCGCUGGCCUGGGUCCCACAUCCUCUGGGGUGUGUCCGACUCUGCAGCCUACAUCACCCUGGACCCCCGCCACGCCCACCAGGUGCAGGGUCUAUGCGGCACCUUCACCUGGAACCAGCAGGAUGACUUCCUGACACCUGCUGGCGACGUGGAGACCAGCAUUGCCGCCUUUGCUAGCAAGUUCCAAGUGGCAGGUGAGGGAAGGUGCCCCUCAGAGGACAGCACACCGCUUUCCCCGUGCAGCAUUCACACGGAGCGCCACACUUUCGCAGAGGCUGCCUGUGCCACCCUGUAUGGCCCAGCCUUCCAGGAGUGCCACGGGCUGGUGGCCAAGGAGCCGUUCCACCUGCGCUGCCUGGCAGCUGUGUGUGGCUGCGCCCCCGGCAGGGACUGCCUGUGCCCCGUGCUCGCUGCCUAUGCGCGGCGCUGCGCCCAGGAGGGUGCCCUGCCUUCCUGGAGAAACCAGACCCUCUGCCCUGUCCUGUGUCCUGGUGGCCAGGAGUACCAGGAGUGUGCCCCAGCGUGCGGUCGAAACUGUGGGGAGCCCGAAGAUUGUGGGGAGCUGGGCAGCUGUGUGGCUGGUUGUACUUGCCCCCUGGGGCUGCUAUGGGAUCCCGAGGGCCAGUGUGUAUCCCCCAGCUCGUGUCCCUGCCGGCUUGGGGCCCAUCGCUAUGCCCUUGGCAGUGCCACCAUGAAGGACUGCAACCGCUGCGUCUGCCAAGAGAGGGGCCUCUGGAAUUGUACUGCUCACCGCUGCGCCCCGCCUCGGGCAUUCUGCCCCCAUGAGCUUGUCUACAUCCCUGGUGCCUGCCUCCUCACCUGUGACAGCCCCCGUGGCAAUCACUCCUGUGCCCCGGGCAGCAUGGGGGGCUGUGUCUGUCCCCCAGGCACCAUGCUGCUGGGUGAGCGCUGUGUGCCUCCCGAGCUCUGUCCCUGCCGUCACGGUGGGCAGUGGUACCCGCCCAAUGCUACAAUCCAGGAGGACUGCAACGUUUGCGUGUGCCAGAGUCGGCAGUGGCGCUGCACAGGCCAGCAGUGCGAUGGUCGGUGCCAGGCAUCAGGUGCCCCCCACUAUGUGACAUUCGAUGGGCUGGCCCUCACCUUCCCUGGGGCCUGCGAGUAUCUGCUGCUGCGAGAGGCUAGUGGCCGGUUCACCAUCUCUGCCCAAAACCUGCCCUGCGGGGCCAGUGGCCUCACCUGCACCAAAGCGCUGACUGUGCGCCUGCAAAGCACCGUUGUGCACAUGCUCAGAGGCCGGGCAGUGACAGUGAAUGGGGUGAGUGUAACGCCGCCCAAGGUCUACACGGGCCCCGGGCUGAGCCUGCGCCGUGCUGGCCUCUUCCUGCUGCUCCGCGCCCGCCUGGGCCUCACCCUGCUCUGGGAUGGAGGCACCCGGGUCCUGGUGCAGCUGUCCCCCCAGUUCCGCGGCCGGGUGGCUGGGCUGUGUGGAGACUUUGAUGGAGACGCCAGUAAUGACCUUCGGAGCCGCCAGGGAGUCCUGGAGCCCACGGCUGAACUGGCGGCCCACUCCUGGCGCCUCAAUCCUCUCUGCCCGGAGCCAGGGGACCUGCCACACCCCUGCACGGUGAAUGCCCACCGGGCUGGCUGGGCCCGCGCCCGUUGCGGGGUGAUGCUGCAGCCGCUCUUUGCCCAGUGCCACGCGGAGGUGCCCCCACAGCAGUACUACGAGUGGUGUGUGUAUGACACCUGCGGAUGUGAUUCAGGGGGCGACUGUGAGUGUCUCUGCUCGGCCAUCGCCACCUACGCAGACGAGUGUGCCCGGCACGGGAUCCACGUGCACUGGCGCAGCCAGGAGCUCUGCCCUCUGCAGUGUGAAGGGGGCCAGGUGUACGAGGCCUGUGGCCCCACGUGUCCCCCCACCUGCCAUGACCACGGUCCUGAGUCUGGGUGGCACUGCCAGGCCGUUGCCUGUGUGGAGGGCUGCUUCUGUCCUGAGGGGACUCUGCUGCAUGGAGGAGUCUGCUUGGAGCCGGCUUCCUGCCCCUGUGAGUGGGGGGGCAGCUUCUUCCCGCCGGGCACUGUGCUGCAGAAGGACUGUGGCAACUGCACAUGCCAGGAAAGUCACUGGCUUUGUGGGGAUGAUGGCAGCCACUGUGAGGAGCCGAUGCCCGGCUGUGCGGAGGGAGAGGCCCCGUGCCAGGAGAGUGGGCACUGUGUGCCCCACGGGUGGCUCUGUGACAACCAGGAUGACUGCGGCGAUGGCUCAGAUGAGGAGGGCUGUGCCACUCCGGGCUGUGGGGAGGGGCAGAUGUCCUGCAGCUCCGGCCACUGCCUGCCCCUGGCCCUGCUCUGUGACGGCCAGGACGACUGUGGAGACGGGACGGACGAGCAGGGCUGCCCGUGCCCCCAGGACUCGCUGGCCUGUGCUGACGGGCACUGUGUGCCCCUGGCCCUGCUCUGUGAUGGGCACCCUGACUGUCCGGACGCUGCGGAUGAGGAGUCCUGUCUGGGGCACGUGAACUGCGCCCCUGGGGAGGUGUCCUGCAUCGAUGGUACCUGCGUGGGGGCCACCCAGCUGUGUGACGGGAUCUGGGACUGCCCAGAGGGGGCGGAUGAGGGGCCUGGCCACUGCCCCCUCCCCUCUCUGCCCACUCCCCCGGCUGGUACGGUGCCGGGCCCCUCCCCUGGCUCCCAGGAGACUACACCUACUCCCCCGGCCAGCCUCCGCCCUGCGCCGCCCUGCGGCCCCUUCGACUUGGCGUGCGGCAGCGGCGAGUGCGCCCCGCGGGGCUGGCGCUGCGACGGCGAGGAGGACUGCGCCGACGGCAGCGACGAGAGCGGCUGCGGCCGGCCCUGCGCGCCGCACCUCGCGCCCUGCGCCCGCGGCCCGCACUGCGUGGCCCCCGCGCAGCUCUGCGACGGCGUCCCGCACUGUCCCGAUGGCUCGGACGAGGACCCCGGCGCCUGCGAGGGGCUGCCAGUCCCAGGAGGCCCCAACAGGACGGGGCUUCCCUGUCCAGAAUACUCCUGCCCGGAUGGCCUCUGCAUUGGUUUCCAGCUGGUGUGCAACGGGCAGCCUGACUGUGAACCAGCAGGGGAGGCAGGGUCCUCCCCGGAAGAGCAGGGUUGUGGGGCCUGGGGCCCCUGGAGCUCGUGGGGGCCGUGCAGCCAGACGUGUGGGCCUGGGGUGCAGGACCGGAACCGCCGCUGCUCCCCUUCUAGUCUCCCGGUGCUGCAGCACUGUGCGGGCCCCGAGCACCAGACACAGGCCUGCUUCACGGCCGCCUGCCCAGUGGAUGGUGAAUGGACCUCCUGGUCUCCCUGGUCCCCGUGCUCUGAGCCAUGCAGGGCCACCACGACCCGGCAGCGGCAGUGCCGCCCACCCCAGAACGGGGGCCGGACCUGUGCCUUGCUGCCCGGAGACCCUCACAGCACCCGCCAGACCAGGCCCUGCCCUCAGGACGGCUGCCCCAAUGUCACCUGCGCCGGGGAGCUGGUGUUCCAUCCCUGUGCCCCUUGCCCUUUGACCUGUGAUGACAUCUCUGGUCAGGCCGCGUGCCCCCCUGACCGGCCCUGCAGCAGCCCGGGCUGCUGGUGCCCCACCGGGCAGGUGCUGGGCGACGAGGGGCGCUGUGUGUGGCCGCGGCAGUGCCCCUGCCUGGUAGACGGCACCCGCUACUGGCCUGGGCAGCGCAUCAAGGCCAACUGCCAGCUCUGCGUCUGCCAAGAUGGGCGGCCCAGGCGCUGCCGGCCUAACCCAGACUGUGCUGUGAACUGUGGCUGGUCAUCAUGGUCCCCCUGGGCUGCGUGCCUGGGCCCCUGUGAGAGCUGGAGCAUCCAGUGGUCCUUCCGGAGCCCCAACAACCCCCGCCUCGCCGGCCGAGGUCGCCAGUGCCGGGGCAUCCACCGCAAGGCCCGCAGGUGCCAGACAGGGCCCUGUGGGGGCUGUGAGCAGCAUGGCCGGGUCCACCGCGUGGGGGAGCGCUGGCGAGGGGGCCCCUGCAGGGUCUGCCAGUGUCUGCACAGCGGCACGGCGCGCUGCUCCCCCUACUGCCCGCUGAGCAGCUGCCCCCAGGACUGGGUUCUGGUGGAGGGAGUGGGAGAGUCAUGUUGCCGCUGUGUCCUGCCUGGAGAGAACCAGACGGUCCACCCCAUGGCCACUCCUGCCCCCGCUCCAGCCCCCAGCCCCCAGAUCGGGGCCCCUCUGAUCACCUACCUUCUGCCUCCCCCCGGAGAUCCCUGCUAUUCUCCCCUGGGCCUGGCCCGACUCCCCAGGGGGAGCCUGCAUGCUUCACCCCAGCACCUGGGACAUCCCGCCGGGGCUGCUGCCCUAAGGCCUCCCACGGGGGGACCUGGCCGGCAAGGCUGGGGCCCCAUAGAAGAUGCUUACGCUCAGGGGCACACCCAGCGCCCCUACUUGCAGCUGGACCUUCUACAGCCCCGGAACCUCACCGGCAUCAUAGUGCAAGGGGCUGGGCCCUCAGAUUUGCUCCAGUUCAGCAGCGAUGGUCUACGCUGGCACAGCUAUCGUGACAUCCUUCCUGGUAUUCAGCCUCCAUCCAAGCUUUUCCCGGGGAACUGGGGUGGCGUGGCCCCCACAGUGUGGAAGUUUGGCCGCAUGGUGCAGGCGCAGCACGUCCGGGUGUGGCCCCUCGAUGGGCACCGCAGUGCCGCCCCCCACAGCGGUGCCAACCACGGCGUCCCCCUGCGCGUGGAGCUGCUGGGCUGUGAGCCAGGCAAGGGGCCAGCGAGUCUUGUGGCCACGCCUCACCCAAGACCUGGGGAGUCUGUGCAGACAGAGACCACCACGCCCACCUCCCCGCCUGAGGCCAAGGCCCUGAGACCAGAAAUGGCAGCCGUGACAGUGCUGCCCCCGCACCCGCCGACGCCUGUCGCUCCUGCUGGACAGAGCAUCGCCCCGGGGCCCUUCCCGCCCGUGCGGUGCAGCCCGGGCCAGGCGCCCUGUGAGGUGCUGGGCUGUGUGGAGCGGGAGCAGCUGUGUGAUGGGAGAGAGGACUGUCUGGACGGCUCUGAUGAGAGGUCCUGUGCAUGGGCAGUGAGCACUGUGCCCUUCACGGUGCCCACCACGGCCCUGCCUGGGCUGCUGGCCUUGAGAGGCCUCUGCUCUCCAAGUCAGCUGAGCUGCGGCAGCGGGGAGUGUCUGCCGGCAGAGCGGCGCUGUGACCUGCAGCCCGACUGCCAGGACGGCUCGGAUGAGGACGGCUGUGUGGACUGUGCGCUGGCGCCGUGGUCUGCCUGGAGCAGCUGCGGCCGUAGCUGUGGCCUGGGCCUCGCCUUCCAGCGCCGGGAGCUGCUGCGGCCUCCCUUGCCUGGGGGCAGCUGCCCGCCUGACCGGCUCCGCAGCCAGCCCUGCUUCGUGCAGGCCUGCCCAGUGGCUGGGGCGUGGGCUGUGUGGGAGGCCUGGGGGCCCUGCAGCGUCUCUUGUGGGGGUGGCCAUCGGAGUCGCCGGAGGAGCUGUGUGGAUCCCCCUCCCAAGAAUGGUGGUGCCCCCUGCCCCGGGGCCUCCCAAGAGAGGGCACCCUGUGGCUUGCAGCCCUGCACAGGUGGCACAGACUGUGGGCUGGGCCGUGUGCAUGUGAGUGCUGAGCUGUGCCGGAAGGGGCUGGUGCCCCUGUGCCCACCCUCCUGCCUGGAUCCCGAGGCCAACAGAAGCUGCAGCGGACACUGUCUGGAGGGAUGCCGCUGCCCCCCUGGGCUCCUCCUGCAGGACGCUCGCUGCCUGCCCCUCUCUGAGUGCCCCUGCCUUGUGGGUGAAGAGCUGAAGCAGCCGGGGAUGCCCUUCCUCCUGGACAACUGCAGCCGAUGCGUGUGUGAGGAGGGGGCUCUGCUGUGUGAACCAGGGGGCUGCCCUGUGCCCUGCGGCUGGUCAGCCUGGUCCUCCUGGGGUCCCUGCGACCGCUCCUGUGGCUCUGGCGUGAGGGCCAGGUUCAGGUCUCCCUCCAACCCUCCUGCCGCUUCUGGGGGAGCCCCGUGUGAAGGCAAGAGGCAGGAGCUGCAGGCCUGCUACUCGGCGUGCGGGGCAGAGGCGCUGGGCUGGACGCCCUGGGCUCCCUGGUCCCCCUGCUCCCAGAGCUGCCUCGUCCCUGGAGGGGGCCCAGGCUGGCGCAGCCGUUCCCGGCUCUGCCCCAGCCCCAGGGACACGUCCUGCCCAGGAGAGGCCACCCAGGAGGAAACCUGCAGCCCCCCUGUGUGUGCAGUGCCUGGCGUCUGGGGUCCGUGGGCCGCCUGGGCCGCCUGCUCAGCGCCCUGUGAUGGAGGCUUCCAGACACGUGGGCGCAGCUGUUCUGCUUCAGCUUCUGGGGACCCCGGGUGCCGGGGACCCCACAGCCAGACCAGGGACUGCAACACACAGCCCUGCACAGCCCAGUGCCCAGGCGACAUGGUGUUCCGCUCAGCGGAGCAGUGCCGCCAGGAGGGGGGCCCGUGCCCUCGGCUGUGCCUGGCACAGAGCCCUGGGGUGGAGUGCACCGGCGUCUGCACCCCUGGCUGUGUCUGUCCCCCUGGCCUCUUCCAGCACGACGCCAGCUGCCUGCCCCUGAGUCAGUGCCCCUGCCAGCUGCACGGGCAGCUCUAUGCACCUGGGGCUGUGGCCCGGCUGGACUCCUGCAGCAACUGCACCUGUAUCUCUGGUGAGAUGGUGUGCACCUCAGAGCCCUGCCCAGUUGCGUGUGGCUGGAGCCCCUGGACCCCGUGGAGUCCCUGCAGCCGCAGCUGCAACGUGGGUGUUCGGCGGCGCUUCCGGGCGGGCACUGCGCCCCCGGCUGCCUUCGGGGGGGCUGCAUGCCAGGGUCCCGACAUGGAGGCUGAAUUCUGCAGCCUGCGGCCAUGUGGAGGUCCUGGUGGGGAGUGGGGGCCCUGGUCUCCAUGCUCUGUGCCCUGCGGGGGUGGCUACCGGAAUCGUACCCGAGGGAGCGGCCAACACAGCCCUGUGGACUUCUCCACCUGUGGCCUGCAGCCCUGUGCAGGGCCAGUGCCUGGUGUGUGUCCCCCGGGCAAGCAGUGGCUGGACUGUGCACAGGGCCCGGCCUCCUGUGCGGAGCUCAGCGCCCCCAGAGGGACUGACCAGCUCUGCCACCCUGGCUGCUACUGCCCAUCCGGGACGCUCCUGCUAAACAAUGUGUGUGUGCCCACCCAGGACUGCCCCUGCGCCCACAGGGGACGCCUCCACCCCCCGGGCAGUGCUGUGCUUCGUCCGUGUGAGAAUUGCUCCUGUGUCUCUGGUCUCAUCACCAACUGCUCCUCCCGGCCCUGUGAGGAGGGUCAGCCCACGUGGUCACCCUGGACCCCGUGGAGCGAGUGCUCGGCCUCCUGUGGCCCUGCCCGACGCCACCGGCACCGCUUCUGCGCCAGGCCCCCCAGUGUGGCGCCCCCCAGCACGGCGCUGCUGCCCCCGCUGGCCUCAGCGCCCCCUCUCUGCCCAGGCCCCGAGGCAGAGGAGGAGCCGUGCCUGCUGCCGGGGUGUGACCGGGCUGGAGGCUGGGGUCCUUGGGGGCCCUGGUCCAGCUGUAGCCGGAGCUGUGGCGGAGGCCUCCGGAGCCGGACCCGAGCCUGUGACCAGCCCCCGCCCCAGGGCCUGGGGGAUUACUGCGAGGGGCCUCGGGCCCAGGGGGCAGCCUGCCAGGCUCUGCCAUGCCCAGUGACCAACUGCACAGCCAUCGAAGGGGCCGAGUACAGCCCCUGUGGCCCUCCCUGUCCUCGCUCCUGUGACGACCUUGUGCACUGUGUUUGGCACUGCCAGCCGGGCUGUUACUGCCCCCCGGGCCAGGUGCUGAGUGCCGACGGCACUGUCUGCGUGCAGCCCAGCCACUGCAGCUGCCUGGACCUGCUGACGGGGAAGCGGCACCGUCCGGGCGCUCAGCUGGCGGGGCCCGACGGCUGCAACCACUGCACCUGCUCAGAGGGCAGGCUGACCUGCACAGACCUGCCUUGCCCAGUGCCUGGCGGCUGGUGCCUGUGGUCAGAAUGGACGGCAUGCUCCCAGUCCUGCUGGGGCCAGACGAGGACGCGCUCCAGGGCCUGCACCUGCCCGGCUCCUCAGCAUGGAGGGGCCCCGUGCCCCGGGGAGGCAGGGGAGGCAGGGGCCCAGCAUCAGAGGGAGACCUGUGCCAGCUCCCCUGAGUGCCCAGUGGAUGGAGCCUGGAGCCCGUGGGGACCGUGGUCUCCCUGUGACGUGUGCCUGGGGCAGUCCCAUCGGAGCCGAGCAUGUAGCUGGCCGCCCACUUCUGAGGGAGGCCGACCCUGCCCUGGGGGCCACAGGCAAAGUCGCCCCUGCCAGGACAAUUCCACUCUAUGCAUAGAAUGUGUGGGUGGCCACAGUCUUCUCCCCUGUGGGCACCCAUGCCCCCGAUCCUGCCAGGACCUGUCCCCCGGGGUCAUGUGCCAGCCAGGCUCGAAGGGCUGCCAGCCCAGCUGUGGAUGCCCACCCGGCCAGCUGUCCCAGGAUGGCCUUUGUGUGUCCCCAGGCCAAUGCCGCUGCCAGUACCAGCCCAGAGCCAUGGGGAUCCCUGAGAACCAGAGCCGGUCUGCUGGGUCUGGGCUGAGCUCCUGGGAGAGCCUGGAACCCGGGGAGGUGGUGACUGGGCCGUGUGACAACUGCACCUGCGUGGCGGGCAUCCUGCAGUGCAGGGACGUGCCUGACUGCCCCGGGCCCGGGGUGUGGGGCUCCUGGGGCCCCUGGGAGGACUGCAGUGUUUCGUGCGGUGGAGGCGAGCAGCUGCGCUCCCGGCGCUGUGCCCGGCCCCCCUGCCCGGGGCCUGCUCGCCAAAGCCGCAUCUGCAGCACCCAGGUCUGCAGAGAGGCAGGCUGCCCAGCCGGGAGACUGUACCGCGAGUGCCAGCCCGGCGAGGGGUGCCCCUUCUCCUGCGCCCACAUCACCCGGCAGGUGGGCUGCUUCUCCGCUGGCUGCGAGGAGGGCUGCCACUGCCCUGAGGGCGCCUUCCUGCACCGUUCGGCCUGUGUCCAGGAGUGCCCCUGUGUGCUGACUGCCUCGCUGCUGCAGGAGCUGGGAGCUGCCGGUGCUGACCCCGGGGCUCGCCCAUCCAUCCUGGGAGAGGGCGGCCAGCCCCUUGGGCCUGGAGAUGAGCUGGGCUCGGGUCAGGCCCUCCGUAUAGGCUGCAGCAACUGCUCCUGUGUGCAUGGGAAGCUGUCCUGCUCUGUGGGUGAUUGCUUCGGACCCUGGGGUCCGUGGGGCCCCUGCUCCCGCUCAUGCGGUGGGCUGGGCACCCGCACCCGCAGCCGCCAGUGUGUCCACCCCACACCCACUCCCGGCGGCCAGGGCUGCCGUGGGCCCCGCCAGGACCUCGAGUACUGCCCCAGCCCAGGCUGCCCAGGCGCUGCAGGGUCCACGAUGGAGCCAGUGACAGGCCUUCCAGGCGGCUGGGGCCCGUGGUCCCCAUGGUCCCCCUGCUCCGGCAGCUGCACAGACCCCGCCCACCCUGCUUGGCGCAGCCGCACCCGCCUCUGCCUGGCGAACUGCACCGGGGGGGCUGCUUCCCAGGAGCGGCCCUGCAACCUGCCCUCCUGCACAGAGCUGCCCCUGUGCCCUGGCCCUGGCUGCGUGGCCGGGAACUGCUCCUGGACCGCGUGGGCCCCGUGGGAACCUUGCUCCCGCAGCUGCGGGGUGGGCCAGCAGCGCCGCCUGCGGGCCUACCAUCCCCCAGGGCCUGGCGGGCGCUGGUGUCCCGACAUCCUUACGGCCUACCAGGAGCACCGCUUCUGCAACCUGCGAGCUUGCCCAGUACCCGGAGCCUGGUCACGCUGGAGCCCCUGGUCCUGGUGUGACCGGAGCUGUGGAGGGGGCCGGUCCCUGAGGAGCCGCAGCUGCUCGAGCCCCCCACCCAAGAACGGGGGUGCCCCCUGUGUCGGGGAGAGGCACCACGCACGGCUCUGCAAUCCCAUGCCCUGUGAGGAGGGCUGUCCAGCAGGCAUGGAGGUCGUCAGCUGUGCCAACCGCUGUCCCCACCACUGCUCAGACCUCCAGGAGGGGAUCAUGUGUCAGGAUGACCAAGUCUGCGAGCGGGGCUGCCGCUGCUCUGAGGGCUCUCUGGAGCAGGACGGCGGCUGCGUGCCCAUUGGACACUGUGAGUGCACCGAUGCCCAGGGCCACAGCUGGGCCCCGGGGAGCCAGCACCAGGAGGCCUGCAACAACUGCACAUGCCGGGCGGGGCGGCUCUCCUGCACGGCCCAGCCCUGCCCGCCUCCCGCCUUCUGCGCCUGGAGCCGCUGGUCAGCCUGGAGUCCCUGCAGCCGCUCCUGCGGGCCCGCCGGGCAGCAGAGCCGCUUCCGGUCUUCCACGUCAGGCUCGUGGGCUCCAGAGUGUCGGGAAGAGCAGUCCCAGAGCCAGCCCUGCCCUCAGCCCCCGUGCCCACCCCUGUGCCUGCACGGUGGCCGCCCCCGCCCCCUGGGGGACAGCUGGCCGCAGGGCGAGUGCCAGCAGUGCUCCUGCACCCCGGAGGGCGUCAUAUGUGAAGACACCAAGUGUGCAGCGCCCGGGGCCUGGACGCGGUGGUCCCCCUGGUCCGACUGCCCUGUCUCCUGCGGCGGCGGAAACCAGGUCCGCACCCGGGUCUGCAUGGCCUCGGCCCCUCACCAGGGGGGGCCGCCCUGCCUGGGCCCCGACACCCAGACCCAGCAUUGUGGGCAGCAGCCUUGCCCGGGGCCGCUGGAUGCCUGCUCCUGGGGCCCAUGGGGGCCCUGCUCCCGCAGCUGUGGCCCAGGCCUGGCCUCCCGCUCUGGGCCCUGCCCCUGCCCGCUGGCCGAGGCUGAGCCCACCUGCAAUGGUAGCUUCCUCCACCUGGACACCCGGGCCUGCUACUCGGGGACCUGCCCGGAGGAAUGUGUGUGGAGCAGCUGGAGCAGCUGGACGCGAUGCUCAUGCCAGGUGCUGGUCCAGCAGCGCUACCGGCACCAGGGCCCAGCGCCCGGCGGGGCCGGGGAGGGGCCCCCCUGCACACGACUGGACGGCCACUUCCGGCCUUGCCUCCUCGGCAACUGCUCUGAGGACAGCUGCACACCUCCUUUUGAGUUCCAGGCCUGCGGCUCCCCCUGUGCUGGGCUCUGUACCACACACCUGAGUCGUGAGCUCUGCCAGGACGUGCCACCCUGCCAGCCAGGCUGCUACUGCCCCGAGGGGCUGCUGGAGCAGGCCGGAGGCUGCGUUCCCCCAGAGCAGUGUAACUGCCAGCACAUCGCAGGAGAAGGAGCUGGGAUGACCCUGGCUCCCAGGGACCGCCUGCUGCUGGGCUGCAAAGAGUGUGAAUGCCAGCGCGGGGAGCUGCAGUGCACCAGCCAGGGCUGUCAAGGUCUUCUGCCUCUGAGCGGCUGGUCCGAGUGGUCACCCUGUGGGCCCUGCCUGUCCCCCAGCAUGCUGGCCCCUGCCUCCAGGGCCGCCCUCGAGGACCGCUGGUCCCAGGACCCAGCCGUCCCCUCCCCCACCUCAGCCCCUACGCUGGCUUCCGAGCAGCACCGCCACCGCCUGUGUUUGGACCCUGAGACAGGGAGGCCGUGGGCCGGGGACCCAGACCUCUGCACUGUGCCGCUCAGCCAGCAGCGCCUCUGCCCAGACCCUGGAGCCUGCCAAGAUUUAUGCCAGUGGAGUCCUUGGGGGGCCUGGAGCCACUGCCAGGUGCCCUGCAGUGGGGGGUUCCGGCUGCGCUGGAGAGAGGCUGGGCGCCCCCCUGGAGGAGGCUGCCGGGGGCCAUGGGCUCAGACGGAGAGCUGCAACAUGGGGCCGUGCCCAGGAGAGAGCUGCGAGGACCGGGACACUGUGCCUACCCUUGACUGUGCCAACCAGUGCCCGAGAAGCUGUGCUGACCUCUGGGACCGCGUGCAGUGUCUGCAGGGACCGUGCCGCCCAGGCUGUCGCUGUCCCCCUGGCCAGCUGGUACAGGACGGGCGCUGUGUGCCAAUGUCUUCUUGCCGCUGUGGCCUCCCCAGCCCCAAUGCCUCGUGGGUGCUGGCCCCGGCUGAGGCGGUGCAGCUGGACUGCAGAAACUGCACCUGUGUCAACGGGUCCCUAAUGUGCCCCCCCCGUGAGUGUCCAGCCCUUGGACCCUGGUCCGCCUGGAGCAGCUGCUCUGCCCCCUGUGGUGGAGGCACCACCGAGCGACAUCGGAGCUGCGAGGAGGGUGCUGGUGGGGCACCGUGCCAGGCCCAGGACACGGAGCAACGGCAGGCGUGUAACCUGCAGCCCUGCCCUGAGUGCCUGCCUGGCCAGGUGCUCAGCGCCUGCGCGACCUCAUGCCCGCGCUUCUGCUCGCAUCUGCAGCCUGGCACCGUCUGCACGCAGGAACCCUGCCAGCUUGGCUGUGACUGCCCUCGAGGGCAGCUGCUGCACAAGGGCCUGUGUGUGCCCCCCGCCGAGUGCCCCUGCAGCCAGCUCUCUCUGCCCUGGGGCCUCACCUUGACUCUUGAAGAGCAGGCCCGGGAGUUGCCGCCAGGGACUCUGCUCACCCAGAACUGCACCCGCUGUGUCUGCCGAGGUGGAGCCUUCAACUGCUCCCUCGCUGACUGUCAGGAGUGCCCCCCCGGAGAAAUAUGGCAGCAGGUGGCCCCCGGGGAGCUGGGCCCCUGUGAGCAGACGUGCCGGGAGCCCAACGCCACGGAGACUCAGGGCAACUGCAGUGCGGGGCAGGCCCCGGGCUGUGUGUGCCGGCGCGGGUACUUCCGCAGCCUGGAGGGCCCCUGCGUGCCCGAAGACCGCUGCGAGUGCUGGCACCACGGGCAUCCCCACCUGCCUGGAUCCGAGUGGCAGGAGGCCUGUGAGAGCUGCCGCUGCGUCAGUGGGAGGAGUGUCUGCACCCAGCACUGCCCCCUGCUCACCUGUGCCCAGGGCGAGGUGGCCGUGCAGGAGCCAGGGAGCUGCUGUCCCACUUGCCGUGAGAAGACUCCAGAGGAGCAGCCCGCCUCCUGCCGGCACCUCACUGAACUUCGCAACCUCACCAAGGGCCCCUGCUACCUGGACCAGGUGGAAGUGAGCUACUGCCGUGGACACUGCCCGUCCAGCACCGACGUCCUCCCUGAGGAACCAUACCUGCAGAGCCAGUGCGACUGCUGUAGCUACCGCCUGGACCCCGAGAACCCGGUGCGGAUCCUGAACCUGCGCUGCCCCGGCGGCCACACAGAGCUGGUGGUGCUGCCGGUCAUCCACAGCUGCCAGUGCAGCGCCUGCCAGGGAGGUGAUUUCUCAAAGCGCUGAUGGCUCUGCUGGAUGCGGCCCCACUGCCCCUCACGUGGUCACUGGGCUCAGCAGCACUGACCCCUCCUCCCAUGCCCACCCAUCCCCUCCACAUCCUGGUAGUAGCAUAACCCAAAUAAAGUGACACUGGCAGCAAGCCUGUGUGCAGAGUCUGCAUCCCUGGGCCCAGAGG